AAAAGACCUGAAAAUACAGUCACAGCCAAGAAGGAUAUUUUGAAGUUUGAAAUGAUCCCUAUAUAAAUAGAACAGAUCAGCAUAACUUUGGGAUAAAAUUAGCCAACAGUUUGUGGACUCUUCAGUCUGUGCCUGUUUGCUGGGUGCUGCUCUCCUGAUAAAUCACAGCAAGGCUUUCAGAGGGAGCAGAGGAUGGACGGCAACAAUGCCCCUAUCACUAAAUCUGGAGCUGCCAAGUUAGUUAAGAGAAAAUUCCUGGAGGCGCUAAAGUCAAAUGAUUUUGGAAAAUUGAAGACUAUUUUAAUUCAAAGGCUAAUAGAUGUGGACACAGUUUUCGAAGUCGAAGAUGAGAAUAUGGUUUUGGCGUCUUACAAACAAGGUUAUUGGUUGCCUAGUUACAAAUUAAAGUCUUCCUGGGCAACAGGCCUGCACAUCUCAGUCUUGUUUGGCCAUGUGGAAUGUCUCCUGGUGCUUCUGGACCACAAUGCUACAAUCAACUGCAGACCCAAUGGGAAGACUCCUCUGCAUGUGGCUUGUGAAAUGGCCAACCUAGACUGUGUGAAGAUCCUCUGUGACCGUGGCGCAAAGCUCAAUUGCUAUUCCCUGAGUGGACACACAGCUUUGCACUUUUGCACCACACCAAGCUCCAUUCUCUGUGCUAAGCAGCUGGUGUGGAGAGGCGCCAACGUGAACAUGAAGACCAACAACCAGGAUGAGGAGACGCCUUUGCACACAGCUGCCCACUUCGGUCUCUCGGAGCUGGUGGCCUUCUACGUGGAGCAUGGUGCCAUAGUGGACAGCGUGAACGCCCACAUGGAGACCCCGCUGGCCAUAGCUGCGUACUGGUCCCUGCGCUUCAAGGAGCAGGAGUACAGCAGGGAGCAUCACCUCAUUUGCCGCACCCUGCUGGACCACCAAGCCGAGGUCAACGCCCGGGACGAUGACUUCAAGUCUCCGCUGCACAAGGCCGCCUGGAACUGCGACCACGUGCUCAUGCACAUGAUGCUGGAAGCGGGCGCUGAGGCCAAUCUCAUGGAUAUCAACGGCUGUGCUGCCAUCCAAUACGUGCUGAAGGUCACCUCUGUGAGACCUUCAGCCCGGCCUGAGGUCUGCUACCAGUUGCUGUUGAACCAUGGGGCGGCCAGGAUUUACCCACCACAGUUCCACAAGGUGAUCCAGGCUUGCCAUUCUUGUCCGAAAGCAAUUGAAGUUGUAGUCAACGCCUAUGAACACAUCAGAUGGAACAUAAAAUGGAGAAGAGCUAUCCCGGAUGAUGACUUGGAGAAAUACUGGGAUUUUUACCACUCUCUCUUCAUGGUGUGCUGUAACACUCCGAGGACCCUCAUGCAUUUGUCGAGAUGUGCCAUUCGGAAAGCGUUGCACAACAGAUGCCACAAGGCAAUUCCUUUGCUUUCCCUCCCAUUGUCAUUGAAAAAGUACUUGCUUUUAGAGCCAGAGGGAAUCAUUUAUUAAACCUUAUGAGACAGCACUUCCCAAUCUUAGAUAUUUAAGUGGACUCGCUGGGUAGACACAGUUUGCAUAAUUAAAAUGGUACUUGGGCUGAUGAUGACACUUUAGGGAUUUCAAAACACUUUACAAACACUUAUGUCAUUAAUCCUGGAGAAUCAUGAUGAGGGAAAAUAAAUGUGUGAAGUUAGUUAAGGAAUUUUCAAAGACAAAUAUGCAUUUAGAAGGUAUUGGAUAUAACAGUGGUAGCUACUGUGUAUAGUGUUCUUGUUAGGUGCCUGAUAUAUUUUGUAAAACUUUUCAUAUAUCAUUUCAUCUAAAAUGGGACCCACGUUUUCAUAUAACAAAAAUCAUUUUCUACCUUAUCAGUUAUAAGUUUACAUUACUGUUCAGCUUGCAACUGAGCAGGUUUUGUGUAUGGCUUCUAAAACUUGAUGCUUCCCCAUCCCCUGGCCAUUUAGCAACCUUUACUGCCACUAGUUUUGCAAACUUUUGCUUUCCAAACCAAAUUCCUUUCCCCUUAUUUUUUUGUGAAGAAUGCCCAUAAGCAUAGUCAAAAAGAGAUCUUCUAGUCCAAUGAGAAAGACCCCCAGUCCACUUAAUAGUCAGAAAUGGACAUGUCAUAUCACACACUGACUGAGCCAGAGACUGGAGAUGCAAAGACAAGUCUUCUUUGACUCCUGCCCUCCAGAGUCUCACCAUUAAGCAAAGGAUCCAGACAUACAAGCAGGUGACUGCAGUAAAAAGUGUCAGGGCAAAAGUACAGAUGCAGACUCGAGUUAAUGCUUCCCUUUCAAAGUUGUGUUUCUGAAGUGAAGUGUGUGAUUUUUCUUUGAAGCAUGAAGAUAAAGAGUGACGAGAUUGUGUAAAUAGGGGGAUCUCAUGCUAUAGUGAGUAAAUAUGCCUCAGUUUCUCCAAAUCUAGCUAUUGAUUUAUUAUAGUUCCUUACUAGUACUUCCUUUGAGAAAAAUGUUACACAUUCACUUAUUCUCCUAUAUGUGGCAAGGAAGUUUAGGAUGAAACCACGUUAAAGAGGGGAAAGACUUGGUUGAAUAUUUUGGUCUUUUUGUAUAACUGACUGACAUUUCUCAGUGGCUCAGCUGAAAGAUGAAGAACACAUUGCUGGUGAUGGCUAGUUUCAGAAAGUAAAUAGACUUUUUGAAAGUGAGAAACAUAAGAUAGAUAAGGGUAUUAAUCAGACUUGCUCAUUAGUGUUUUGCAGAGAAAAAAAAAAUUAAAACAGAUCAAUGGCUUACACCUGUA